CUUUCAUAUAGCACAUUACUCCUUAAAUCCUUAAAAGCAUCCAGGGUUUUACGAGGUCGGAAAUAAUUUUUCAUUAGCAGAACUCUACCAAACGCCCCCCAAUUACCGAUGGCUUCUGCCAAGCAAAGGCCACAGGCCAAGAAAGCUGCUGCUGCCGAAGAUGACGGUAUGGAUCCAACGCAAUAUCACGAAAAUAGGUUGAGAGCGCUCUCGGCACAGAAGGAAGCCGGGAGUAAUCCAUAUCCCCACAAAUUUGAAGCCAAUUUGACGAUUCCUGAGUUUGUAAAGAAAUACGGAUAUUUAAAUAGCGAGGAACGUCUUAAAGACGUUGAAGAAAGAAUAGCGGGUCGGCUUAUGAACAAACGAUCUUCGUCAUCGAAGCUAUUCUUCUAUGAUCUACACGGCGGUGGUGCUAAAGUACAGAUUAUGACCAACGCAAAGGAUUCGGAUUUGCAAGAGGAAGAAUUUACUCGAUUUCAUUCUUCAGUGAAGCGAGGAGAUAUGUCGGGAUUGUUGGGUUCCCAAGGUAAAACUAUGCGGGGGGAGUUGAGCAUUUUCCCGAAAUCGUUUAUCGUCCUUUCUCACUGUCUCCACAUGAUGCCCCGUCAGAAGAUUGGUCCAGGCUCAGACAAUGCUAAGAUAACUGAUGCGUGGGUCCCGGGAAGUAGCAGAAAUCCCGAGGCUUAUAUACUGAAGGAUCAGGAAACACGUUAUAGGCAGCGUUAUUUGGAUUUGAUGCUGAAUAUGGAGAUUCGGGAAAUAUUCAAGACCAGGGCAAAAGUUAUUUCUUACAUCAGAAGCUUUCUUGAUAAUCUUUUUUCUUUAAAGGUUGAAACUCCCAUGAUGAACAUGAUUGCUGGAGGAGCCGCCGCGCGUCCAUUCGUUACCCACCACAAUGACCUCAACAUGCGGCUCUUCAUGCGAAUUGCACCCGAACUUUAUCUCAAGGAAUUAGUUGUUGGCGGAUUAGACCGUGUAUACGAAAUCGGGAAACAGUUUAGGAAUGAAGGAAUUGAUUUAACGCACAAUCCCGAGUUCACUACUUGCGAGUUCUACAUGGCCUUUGCCGAUUACAAUGACCUGAUGAAGCUAACUGAAGAUAUGCUCAGUGGGAUGGUCAAGGAACUUACGGGUGGGUAUAAAAUCAAAUACCAUGCCAACGGAUUGGACAAUGAACCGAUUGAGAUUGAUUUUACACCUCCUUUCAGACGCAUUGAUAUGAUCGAUGAGUUGGAGAAGAUGGCAAAUUUGAGCAUACCAAAUGACCUCUCGAGUGAGGAAGCUAAUAAAUAUUUGGUGGAUGCGUGUUCGAAAUUCGAGAUUAGAUGCCCCCCUCCUCAAACAACUACGAGACUGCUAGACAAGCUUGUUGGACACUUUCUCGAAGAGACAUGUACCAACCCUACCUUCAUUAUCAACCAUCCAGAAAUCAUGAGUCCACUCGCAAAGUGGCAUAGGUCCAAACCAGGCCUAACUGAACGAUUUGAGCUGUUCAUCAACAAGCACGAACUAUGCAAUGCAUAUACGGAGUUGAACGACCCCGUUGUGCAACGCCAGCGUUUCGCCGACCAACUCAAGGACCGGCAAUCGGGUGAUGAUGAAGCUAUGGCUUUGGAUGAAACGUUCUGCACCGCUCUUGAAUAUGGUUUACCUCCAACUGGUGGUUGGGGAUUGGGAAUCGACAGAUUUACAAUGCUGUUAACCGAUUCACAGAAUAUAAAGGAAGUUUUGCUUUUUCCGGCAAUGAAACCCCAAGAUGAACCUUCAAACAAGAAAACUCAGGAGGAAGCUCUCUCUCAAGGGCUUGAGAAGAAGGCGUCGUCUUGAGAAUUCAGAAGGCGGUGAAUAGUGAGGACAAUUUUUUUUUAUUUUAUUAUUAUUAUUUUUUUGUUUUGGCAAAAGAAACUGCUAUAUUAGAAUUUCAUUUCAUGUACUUUUCUUGAACAAUCAUGACUUAGAAUGGAUUUGCAUUAGAUGUUGCAAAUUUACACUACAUGGAUUUGAACCGUAGAUUUGAUUAUGUGUAGAUCAACUGGUAAAAUCCACGCAGUGUAAAUAACCAGAUGUAUAGCAUCUAAUUUCCCC